GCAAUGUGACGGGGGAUCCUUGUGCUCUAUAUUGCCAAUUUUCGUCUUCUAAGUAGAAAGUAUUUGUGACAUCUUUUCUAACCACGCGUAUGAAAAAUAAAUUUAAAAUCAUGAUUUUUUUUUUUAGCGAAAAAUUUAAAAUCAUGAUUGGAACGAGGAAAACGAUGAGAUCAGAGAUGCCAAUUGCCAAUAGUUUAAGUGAUGGAGUAAUUCCUUGUGAGAAAGCGAGCAAAGCGUCUUGGUGGUCAUGUUCUCAUCACUCUCGCGCUGGUCGUCGUGCUCUCAUAUCGCUACCUCCCAUUUCAAGCCCAGGAGUUUCUCUUCGCCGUCUUCCUUUGCCUCUUCGUCUUUCCAUUUCUCACCAUGGCCAGGUCUCCAAGCGUGGAGGCGAAGUCCUCUCAAUGAGAAUCGUAAUUGGGGACCCAAUGGUCCCGAACCCCAGCUCCUUUCGACUGCAUUGGUUUCCGACAACGCGCUUGAUGUCCGAAUUGGUGAAGCUUCUUCGUUAGCGGAGCUAGGCUCGCUGGUUCUUUCCACCGGUGAUCCUCUCACCAAGUCCCAACUCUCUCAUCUUGCCUACUCCAGGUGGCGCCGCGAAAAUCUCCCUCUUGGGCUAUCCACACCGCCCACGCGACCUGCCCGACCUGUAAAACCAAAACUGGUCUCUCCUAAGGAAAUUCCUGAUCCCAAAAACGCAGCUUUGCCACUGAAUGCUUAUAUGCUUCACAAUUUGGCCCAUGUUGAGCUCAAUGCAAUUGAUUUGGCGUGGGAUACUGUUGUUCGGUUUUCUCCCUAUAGUGAAAUUCUUGGGGAGGGAUUCUUUGCCGACUUUGCUCAUGUUGCUGAUGAUGAGAGUCGCCAUUUUUCUUGGUGUUCUCAAAGGCUUGCUGAACUUGGUUUUAAAUAUGGAGAUAUGUCCGCUCACAAUUUACUUUGGAGGGAGUGUGAGAAAUCCUCAGACAAUGUUGCUGCACGUUUGGCAGUCAUCCCGUUAGUCCAGGAGGCUAGAGGACUUGAUGCUGGCCCACGGCUGGUGCAAAAGUUAGUGGGAUUUGGGGACAAUAGGACAUCAAAAAUAGUAGCUAGGAUUGCUGAUGAAGAAGUUGCACAUGUAGCAGUAGGUGUCUAUUGGUUUGUUUAUGUCUGUCAGAAGUUGGAUUGCCCCCCUGGCUCAACUUUCAAAGACUUGCUAAAGGAAUAUAAUGUGGAACUGAAGGGUCCAUUUAAUUUUUCUGCUCGAGACAAGGCUGGAAUUCCCCGUGAUUGGUAUGACCCCUCAUCUUCUAGCAGUCUUGACGAGAGAGACGAAAAUGACCAGAAAAAACAACUCUCUGCGGUCCGCGAGAGGCUGGCUUCCAUUAUUGAUUUGGAAGGUGAGAAUUUUAAGUUGACCAGGUGAUGGAUUGGAAGGUGCUUGAAGCAUCCUUCCUUGAUUUGAGGCCAAUUCCAGCUCGCCACCCUUUGCUUUGGCACGCCCACGACCCGGCUUUAAGAUUUAUGCAAAGUGUUUUGGAUUCUUUUAGAAUUAAGACUUUUCUGUUUUUGUUCUUUCGGGGGCCAUUGAGACUUUGGUUCUUAUCCUUGCAGUAUAUAUUCCGCGCGAUUGCAUCUUUUUAUUUUA